UAAUCUAUCUCUGGGAAACUGGCCCAUAGUGUUCUUAGUUAGAUUGGACAGUAGAUGGCAGUAAUCCAAUCUCUAUGACCACACUGCGUAAUGUACACGAUCUAUUCUAUGCGUUACAGUACGAUGUAUUUCAGUUACUCACGUAGCCUACAUCUGGGCGGAGGGAACUUGAAAGUUCGCAUUAUUGAAUUGUGAUGUUCGGAUUUAGCUGAUCGAACAACUUGCACUAAUAUGAUAUCGUGGAUACUCCAUGGAGGUGAUUUUCUAAACCUGGGGACGAACUUGAUGCUGUGUUUUCUCUGUGGGAUGACAUCGGGAGAUCCUACAACAGGAAGUGCAUUUGGCUUGAUGACAAAAUAUCCUUUGAUUGAUGGACAUAAUGACCUAGCUUUGAUGCUGAGGAUUCUCCACGACAACAGACUGAGUCAGGUUGACCUGCACAACAUCAGCAAAGUGGCCACGGACAUCAACAGACUCACAACGGGACACGUCGGCGCUCAGGUGUUUGCAGCCUACGUGUUGUGUGGCGCCCAGGCGAAGGAUGCUGUGAGGCUCACACUGGAACAGAUAGACGUGAUCAACCGUAUGUGUACGGAGAACCCAGAACUGGAGAUAGUUACAUCUGCCAAAGGACUAAAUGACACUAAGAGGAUAGCAUGUCUGAUCAGCAUUGAGGGAGGUCAUUCUAUAGACAGCAGCUUGCCAACCCUGCGUAUGUUUUACCAGCUGGGGGUUCGCUCCAUGGCCCUCACACAUACCUGCAACACGCCUUGGGCUGAGUCCUCCUCAACAAUUUAUGAUGUCUAUCAAAGAGAAAAUGACAGCCUAACAGACUUCGGUAAGGAUGUGGUGAAGGAGAUGAACAGAUUGGGGAUGAUAGUAGACCUGUCCCAUAGUUCCUGGGCCACAGCCAGGGCAGUACUGCAGAUCUCUAAGGCUCCAGUUAUUUUCAGCCACUCCUCAGCCCAUGUCAUUUGUAACCACAGCCGCAAUGUUCCUGAUGACCUGCUCCGCGAACUGAAGGAGAACGGAGGACUCAUCAUGGUUAAUCUGCACAGUGGGUUUGUGGCUUGCCAUGGCCAAGCCAAUGUCUCCAUCGUGGCUGACCAUUUUACCCACAUUAGGAAGGUGGUUGGAUCUGAGUCAAUAGGAAUAGGAGGGGACUUUGAUGGAGCUUCUAAGUUUCCUCUUGGAUUAGAGGAUGUGUCCAAGUAUCCUGCACUGAUCCAGGAGCUGCUGAAGAGACACUGGACAGAUUACGAGUUGUCCGGGGUCCUCAGACACAACUUCCUACGUGUGUUCAAGGAGGUCGAGAAAGAGCGUGACAGGCAGAAAGCGAAAGGAACUCUCCCCAGUGAAGCUCAGAUCGACUUGACUAGGGUUCAGAACCCCUGCAGACUGGUACUCAGGCGACCUGACCACCAGACGACAAAGAUGGAACAGAUGUACUCCAAGGGCCACAGUGAACUGGUGGUCCCCAGGAGUCUGGUCUGGACCAUGGUUAUACUAAUCUCCUGCCUCUGUGUCCUGAUGGACCAUUAAGACUAUAAUAUGGCCUCCAUUCAAUCAGAUCCAGUGGUAACCCAGGUUGACCGAUAUCCUGAUAGCGGAUGUUUUGGCAGUAUUGGAGGUGUAGCUGUAGUGUGAACUGACAAAUAAGUGUGUGGCUGCUCUUUUGUGUCACCAACCACUCCCUUCCUUAUUAUCCCUACGCAUUAGAUGUUCAAAACGACAAAAGAAAGUGCAGGCUCUAUCGACAAUAGAUAUUAUGAAAUGCAUGUUUUCAUUUUAAUUUGGAUGGCGGGAUUUAUCAGUCUAUGUAGACAAUAGACCAUUACACAUUAGAGUGUUUGAACUUGUAAUGUGGCUACAUGAACUAACACGGCUGCAUGGGAUUUAUCAGUCUAUGUAGACAACAGACCAUUACACAUUAGAGUGUUUGAACUUGUAAUGUGGCUACAUGAACUAACGCGGCUGCAUGGGAUUUAUCAGUCUAUGUAGACAACAGACCAUUACACAUUAGAGUGUUUGAACUUGUAAUGUGGCUACAUGAACUAACACGGCUGCAUGGGAUUUAUCAGUCUAUGUAGACAACAGACCAUUACACAUUAGAGUGUUUGAACUUGUAAUGUGGCUACAUGAACUAACGCGGCUGCAUGGGAUUUAUUAGUCUAUGUAGACAACAGACCAUUACGCAUUAGAGUGUUUGAACUUGUAAUGUGGCUACAUGAACUAACGCGGCUGCAUGGGAUUUAUUAGUCUAUGUAGACAACAGACCAUUACACAUUAGAGUGUUUGAACUUGUAAUGUGGCUACAUGAACUAACGCGGCUGCAUGGGAUUUGUCAGAUAUAAAGUCAGUGUGGUUUCAUUUAAUCCAAUGACAGUGUCUGCAUAAUGUAACAUAAGUAGUAGCUCUAACGCAGUUCCACCUUCAACACUGCCAAAACAACCGGAUGUCGACUAGCACGGAUCUGCAUUUAGCCCUUAGUGUUACUAAACUAGCAGUGCUUGACUUGCGCAGGAGCCCACUGGAGCUGAGUACCGGCACCUCAAAUUCUCUACUGCUUGAGCUCGUUUUACUCUUAUGGAAUAUUAGCUCAAAAGUAUAGUGGAGCUCCUGCACCUAAAUAUAAACAGUUACUUGCACCCAAAAUGAGUACCGGAACCUAUUUAGUAGUACUACUAGUGUUGUAUUACAAUACACUACGUAUCUACUACAACCAUGUUUUUCCGACAGUGACAAGCCUAGCUUUAACGUGUUUACUGUGUCACUUGCUUACAUGUGAUCUUUCCUACAAAGAUCUUUACCUAAUUUUUAGUUUUGGUCAUUUUGACCUUGAAGGAGUUGUAUAUUUACACAAAGCUCUGCACACACUUUAUACUAUAUUACAUUGAGUUUAAUGUAAAAAUCACUUUUAACUAUUUUUACAUAUCUCAUUCUAAAAAUAUCUCUGUGUUAUGUUUGUUUAAUGAUACAAUCAAGGCCACAAGGUCAUACUGAGGCAUUUACAAACUAUCUUUAUUUCUCUGAGGACACAGACCUUGAUGUCCAUUACACAAACUUGAGUUUCACAAUGAAACUAUUUCAUAGAAAGUGACGAUUUCAUCUUAAAAUGAACAUUAAUGUAACAUUUCCUCACAAGGGUGUACAGUGAAACAGUUUGCAACAUGUUAACAUACUGUAAUGCCUCCUACAGUCAUCUCAGGAAUGUUGUAUUCUGUAUUCAUAGGUUAUAUCGUAUUUAUUUUGCCUUUCUCUUAAGUAAAUAAUUCUUUGUGUUUUCUGUUUUUCGACCAUCUUAUUUUAUGAACACAUUGAUAUAUCUGAAGUCAAGAUAGUUCAAUUCUAGUUGAAUAGGGAAAUGAAUCAUGAUUUUAUUGCUAAGUUCAGAUAAAUACUCUUUGCCUUUACAGCUCUUGCAGUCUACAGGAAAGGAAAUGUGUGCAUAUGCUACUCUGUUCAGGUGGCCCUGUAAGUAGUCUUCAUGCCUAUAAUAAAGACUUUUGUACAGAAAUAGUAGAUUAAA